AUGGGUAAAGCUUCCUUGCCGUUCCCGAGUCUCAUCGUUCCCCUCGUUCUGCUUCUUCUGCCGCUCUCGCGCCCGGCGUCGGUGGUGACCCAUCUCCCCGGCUUCCAUGGCCGCCUUCCCUUCCACCUGGAGACCGGGUACGUCGGCGUGGACGAGGAGACGGGGGCGGAGCUCUUCUACUACUUCGUGGAGUCCGAGAGGAGCCCCGAAACGGACCCCCUGAUCCUGUGGAUGACGGGUGGGCCCUUCUGCUCUGGCAUGAUUUUCUUCGAAGUUGGUCCUAUGAAAUUUGUGUUGGCACCGUAUAAUGGUAGUUUGCCACAGUUGACCUAUAAUCCCUAUUCAUGGUCCAAGACAGCAAGCAUCACCUUGUUGGACUCACCAGUUGGUACUGGUUUCUCGUACGCUCGUGAUGUCAAAGGUUAUCACGAUAUUGGGGAUUUUUCCUUUUCUAUGCAUGUCGUGAUAUUUCUCAACAAGUGGUUUACCGACCACCCACACUACCAAUCCAAUCCUUUCUUUGUUGGAGGAAGUUCAUAUGCUGGAAAGAUGUCUCCAAUUAUUGCACAACACAUUUCGCAAGAAAUCGAACUGGGGAAGCAACCCAGGAUUAAUCUCAAGGGCUAUGUAGUCGGCAACCCUGUUACAGGCUCAGAUUAUGAUGACAAUUUCAGAGUACCAUAUGCUCAUGGUGUUGGGAUUAUAUCCGAUCAACUAUAUGAGGCUGCAAUUUUGAAUUGUAAAGGAAGCUAUAUAAGACCGACAAACAAAAUGUGUGUCAGGGUGCUAAACACAUUUCAAAAUUCAUACCGUUACUACCUAUGUAAUAUUUGGGCGAACGAUGAUUCCACGAGAGAAGCUCUUGGGUGA